ACCGCCUUAAAAAAGUUUUGAUUCGAUUGACACGUAACCUAAAAUUUACUGAAGUCUGAAGGAGUAAAUCCAAAAUCUGUUUGCAAAAAAUCUAUUAAAACUUUAUUAAAUACAUUUACGAAUUCUAUAGUAGUAUUUUUUGAGUUAAAAUGGCCGAAGAAAUACAGAAAAAGAUGCAAAAGGAAUUGGAGAUAUUCAGCGGAGUACAAAAGGAGUAUAAAAAAGCUGUAUCGCAGAAACAACAGUUAGAUAGUCAAUUGAAUGAAAACAAAGCUGUUAAAGAGGAACUCCUGUUGCUUAAGAAAGAUGCAGAAGUUUACAAACUUAUCGGUCCUGUAUUGGUUAAACAAGAUUUAGAAGAAGCUAAACAAAACGUCAACAAACGAAUGGAAUAUAUCACCAAAGAAGUUAGGAGGACUGAAGGACAUAUAUCAGCUUUAGAAAACAAACAAGACGCAAUACAGACUAACCUUAAUAAGCUGAAGAAUAACCUCGGAAAUUUGAAAAUAUCUGUUUGAAUUCGAUAUUACUUUUAUUCUUAUUUGAAUAUGCUAGGGUACAUGUCUUGUCUGAUUUUAUUUAUCUUUUAAAUAAGUACUGUCAAUUUUCAAUUAAAUUUUUUAGUACAAAAUGUAACCUCUUAGUCAAAUCAGUAAUAAAAUCACCUGUAUUUUAAUGUAAAAUUACUAAUAUAUGUUCCAAUUGGUUAUUAAAAAUAUGACUAUAAUAAAAAGUGUGCUGCGAAUACUAACAAAUCAAUGUAACACAACUUAAAUAAAACUGUAAUCAGUCUCUUU